UGCAGUUAUCGCGCAAUCUCAAAAUGGCUGCGCCCUUGGGAAAACAUUGAAUUUUACUUAUUUUGGAGAAAAUAAUGAAUCUUUCAGAAGAAGAGUGCGUUUUAUGCAAAGAACCAGCACGGGAGAAGCGUCCUUGGACGACACAGAGUCUGGUGGUGGCAGGAGUAUCAGGAGCAGUGGUUGUUGGAGUUUACUCACUGACAAUACCCUUUGUAGCACCUGCAUUCAGGCGUGUUUGUCUUCCGUUUGUACCGGCCACCACAAAUCAAGUAAAUAAUGUGAUGAGAGCUUUGCACGGGAGGAAAGGAACUCUUCUUGAUAUUGGUAGUGGUGAUGGAAGAAUUGUUAUAGAAGCAAGUAAAAAUGGAUUCCAGAGUCACGGUGUAGAGCUGAAUUACUGGCUGGUGCUGUACUCCAGAUACAGGGCAUGGAGAGAGGGACAGAGAGCUAAUACAAACUUUCAUAAACAAGAUCUCUGGAAGACAGACAUGUCCAAAUAUGAAAACAUUGUUGUGUUUGGAGUUGAUACAUUGAUGAUUGGCCUCGAAAAGAAGUUUGACCAGGAAAUCACAGAUACCUGUAGAAUUGUUGCUUCACGCUUCCCGCUUCCUAACUGGCAACCAGUCAAAAUUAUAGGGGAAGGAUUGGACACAGUCUGGAUUUAUAUGCACCCGCGUAAUCCAGAUUAUGAAAAAAUGAAAUUGUCAGUAAACUUUAAAGGACUGAAUGACAAUAUUUAUGACAGUAAGAAUUUAGAAAAAGAUGAAUUUAGUGCUAGUGAAGUUUUAUAUUCAAGAAGUUCUAAGACUUCAUGUAGUUUAUAACACAAAUAUUAUGUAGGUAUUUAGAUUUAAUGUCCAAUUGUUAACUCACACAAGAGAGAGGGGAAGAGUAAGAUGUCAGUAUAAGAGAGUUUCCUCCGCUUGCUUAAAACUGAGAAAAGCGGAUUUUGGAUACGCGGGAGUGAGGGAUGAUUGUCUAACUGUAUUUUGUAUUAUAUCCUACCAUUUUCAGGAAUAGUAAUGUAAGGCUGUUAAAAAAAUGUUCAGUCAUAUUUGAGCAACAUCUUAUGAUAUUUUUUCAGUGUUUGUAUCUGUUAGAGAAAUAUUUUUAAUCUAUGUUGGUUGUUCUGCAAAGAUAGACAAAAUUCAGGGGUUAAAUUGAAAACUGUCUUAACUCAUUGUUAAAUAAAGGAGUUAUGAUAAAUUUCCAUUCAGCCCAUGACUAUACUAAUUUUUUCUGUACAGGUGAAUUAUGAAAUAAUUUAAUAAAGGUUUAUUUUUACAAAGUUUCUUUUCGUGCUAAAAAGCUCAGAGCUCCAUCUUGGUUGGGGAACCAAGUUAGAAGAAAAAGGUUCAGUAGAUAUUUUAACAUGCACCAAGUGCUUGAUGAAUAUGAAUAAUUCCAUAUCAUAAAUUGUAAAUGUUUUGCAUGAAUUCAUGAUGUGAUCAAAACCUGAUUGUAGGUCUUUAUAUUUCUCUAAACUUGUUGAAGUGAGUGACUAAUACAUGUAUAUCAUAAUAUUUUUUGUUAUGAUUCAUGCAGAUUAAUGUACCGGUAAAUAAAUAUAAGACUUUG